AUACAAUUUGUUUUUUACGUUGAAAUGACUAAAAUGUAUAAUAUAAUAAAAACAAAGUAUAACUGUAAUCUCUAUUCUGCACUGUUAAACUAUUCGUAAUGAAUUUGCUGUGUUAUUAUAGUAUUGUUAUUAUUUUUUAGAUAAAUUAAUAUUUGAUAUUGUGUGUGUGUGUGUAAAAGACUAUAAUAUUUUGUUUUUCUAAGUAUCCAAAAUGAAAGUGUACUGUUUAAGUGAAGAUCCAAACAAACCCUGCUUUGUCAUCAAACUAAAAUCUGUAACAAUAAUGUUGGAUUGUGGACUAUCAGCACGUAGUGUUUUAAAUUUUUUACCAUUAUUUCCUAUUCCUGAUUGGAAACCUACUAAAGCCACAGCUUGGAUUCCAAAGAAUUUCUCAGACCCUCUAAUUGAAGGGGAAUUAAAUGAAUGCAUGGCUAACCAAGUUCUUGUAAAUUCAGCUCCAGAAUUUAUGACGCCACUUAAUAAAUUAGUAGAUUUUGCAGACAUUGAUGUGGUUUUGGUAUCCAAUUAUGUGACUAUGUUGGCUUUACCAUUUAUCACAGAAAAUACUGGUUUCAAAGGUAUUGUGUACAUGACUGAACCAACUUUACAUAUAGGAAAGUUAUUUCUUGAAGAAUUAGUUGAUUUUGUUGAACAGUCACCUAAGCCAAAUGUAGCUAAAUAUUGGAAGGAAAUUUUACAUUUAUUACCACCACCACUCUGCAAUAGUUUUAAACCUCAUACUUGGAAGCAACUGUAUAGUUUAGCACAAGUUCAUUCUAGUUUAAAACGCGUGCAGAAGAUUAGUUACGAUCAAAAAAUUGAAAUAACUGGUGCACUUACUGUUACUGCUGUAAGUUCAGGCUAUUGUUUGGGUAGCAGUAAUUGGGUAAUAUAUUUGGAAAGUAAGAAGCUGGUCUAUGUAAGCAAUACAUCAACACUAACUACACACCCCAGACCUAUGGAUCAGUUAAAUUUGAAAAAUGCAGAUCUCAUGUUACUAAGCAGUUUAACCCAAGCACCGGCAGCUAAUCCAGAUACUAUGCUAGGUGAAUUAUGUUUAUCGGUUGCAGUUACUCUUCGAAACAAUGGUUCUGUCCUCAUACCUUGUUACCCCUCGGGCGUUGUUUACGAUUUAUUUGAAUGUCUUUCAUCUCAUUUGGAUAGUACAGCUUUGGGUCAAAUUCCAAUGUAUUUUAUUUCACCAGUAGCUCAUAGUUCGUUAGAAUAUUCCAAUAUUCUUGCUGAAUGGCUGUCACAGUCAAAACAAAAUAAAGUGUACUUUCCAGAAGAGCCAUUUCCUCAUGCUCAGUUAGUGAAAUCGGGACGUUUAAAACAUUUUAAACACGUUUAUACAGAUGAUUUGUGGAAUGAUUUAAGACAACCUUGUGUGGUAUUUUGUGGCCACCCUAGUUUGCGGUUUGGAGAUGUAGUUCAUUUUGUGGAAUAUUGGGGUACCAACCCAUUAAAUACAAUAAUAUUUACAGAACCUGAGUUUCCAUAUUUGGAAGCAUUGGCUCCUUUUCAACCAUUGUCCAUGAAAGCUAUGCACUGUCCAAUUGAUACAAGUAUGAACUUCACUCAGGCCAAUAAAAUGAUUAAAGAUCUUAAACCUUCGGUUUUAAUUCUUCCUGAAUGCUAUACUAUUCCACCAACCAGUUAUGGUCAUAAAAACGAAUUUGUCAUCGAUCAAGUCGAUCGAAAAGUUAUUACUAUAAAAAGAGGAGAAGUUAUAUCAGAAAAAUUGGACAUAAAAUCUGUGAAUAUACCAUUUAGUACAGAAAUGGUUGUGAGUAUCACACUAAAUGAAAUACAUUCUGGAUUUAAAGCAUCAAAGUUUACAGCUGUGUUAGAUACAAAAGACAACAAGUACAAAUUAGAUGUUUUAAAAGAAGAAGUAUUGUCAAAUAAUUGCAACGAUCCUUAUUUGUUGGAUGCAUUGUUUAAAAAAACAUAUGAAUGGGGUCAUUUAGAUGUUGACAAACUAUUACGAUCAUUGUCUAAUGAAGGGAUCAAUGACCCUAAAAUUGAACACAAUGCACAUGGAUAUACUGUGCAUAUUAAAUCUGAGGAUACGUUAAUUCAAGUGGAUGAAAAGUCAACUCACAUAUUUUGUGACAAGAAAGAUAAGUUCUGGAGACUGAAACUUAGAAAAAUUGUGAUGGAAUGUCUUAAUUCGUUUUGAUCCUGUAAUCAAAUAUUUGUAAUUGUUUUUAUUGAAUACUAAAUUAAUUUUGUACAUAGGAA